AUGUCCCACUGCGCCGACAUCACCCCGGACGACCGAGGGGUGGCCGAAGCCCGGCACUCCGCGCGUUCGGAAGAGCUGUCGGGCUCGGCGUCGCCGCAGGAUCCCAGAUGCACGACUGUCCAGACCCGGUCGCGGACGCAGAUCCUGGUGGCUCGCUCGCCCAGCCGCCUGCCGUACCUGGCCGUGUGCAGCGUGGGCCUCCUAAUGGUCGCCGUCGGCGUCGCCGUGACCACCUACAAGCUACACGCAGGCGAUGCAAUCAUGGACCUCUUCAACCGCUCCAUGGAGCUGCUUCGACGCGGAGGCAACGGAUCGGCGAGCGGUGGCGGCGACGGGAACAUCCUAGCCGGAGCGGAUGCGAGCUACCUGACCAAACAUGAAAGAAAAGUCCUCGGCACCAAAUCCACCUGCAAGAGUGACGUCUGCCUGUGGGCCGAAGGCUACCUGCACGGUCGGCUCAACUCGACUGUCAACCCAUGCACCGACUUCUAUGCGCACGUGUGCUCACGGCAUUGGAUGGCGCUCGACUUGGAGGUCCAGUCGAGGGCGUACAUGGAACGGGCCGCCGGUAUGAUGAUGGCCGACAUCGAGAAGUUCUUCCGGGAAUACCUGAAAGAAAACGAAGAGCGCUACCACAAGUACCCGGGUGUGUUCCUGCACCAAGCCAUCUCGCUGCUGCCAAAGUGUGAAUCCGAAGAAAAGAAUGACAAGAACUUCACGUCGUUGCGAAGCCUCCUCGCAGAGUACAACCUGGGCAGCUGGCCCUACAUGAAAGCGCCCCGUGGUGCGAACAUCGUCACCGUCUCUGCUUACGUGGACCGCGACCUCGGUGUCUUCCCAUUUGCCAGAGUAUUCCUCCGGAGGCCAUUCGAAGACGAUCGAGGCUACACCGUCCACAUCGACGCACCGAGCCUAACACUGAGGAGGUACAAUCUAGCGUACCUCGACGAAACGCCAGAUAACUUCACUCGGAAGGUAGCCACUGCGUUGUCGCUCUUCGACGAAAAGCAAAACAUCUCUGAACAGGUAGAAGCCAUUGUCCACCUUGAGAAGAGACUCCACACCAUUAUGGGUGCUCCGCACUUCAUUGAGUUCCAGGACAGGAUCAGGCGCGUGGGGCAGCUCGACCACACAGGAAAGUGGGAUUGGAAAGGGUACCUCACUAUCCUAUUUCAGGACAUAGAAACAUUGCAAAAUGACAAACCAGUUGCUCUCAUGAAUCAUGAGUACAUCAGCAAGCUCUCUGCCGUCAUCAACGAGACAGACACAGUAACCCUUCUGAACUACGUUGGCUACCGUCUCGUGGUGCAUCUAUCUCCACUGCUUGCCAAGGCCGCAAGUCCUCUGCUGCGUUUGAGCCACGACGACUACCUGGAGUUUGUCCCAGACCGGCGUCAAGCAUCACUGGACGACAUCAACACCAUCGCCAACUACUACAACUUCAAUGCUCCGCCGCUCGACCCAAGCCACUUGAUCGGGAGCUUCCGGGAACUGCAGGCAAGUACCAUGAACACCUACUGGGAGACAAAGCCUCCGAAUGACGACCUCGAUGCGAGGUACGAUCACACAGCCCUUUCACCAGGACACGAGUACUUCUUCGGCCGUAACGUGCUCUUCAUACCGCACGCAAACAUUGCCUUCCUCAACGACAUCACCAAAAGCAUCGACCCGAUUCUCUUCCCUCUUGUCCUGGCCGAAAUCUUCCGAGGCAUGUUUGGAGCCGUGGACAGGCGCGGGGCAACCGUAGACCACAACCUCGCAGUGGCCACUUGGUGGAACGCCGACGAGAUUAGCAAGUUCUCGCAGCUCGAGCUCUGCUUCCAGGACCAGUAUUACGUCGAGAUACGAGACCUCAUCGGGGACAACUUUGAGGCAAGGCUAAAGCUGGAAGAAAACAUCGCGGACAACGCCAUCAUCGGCCCACUGCAUGACAUGUACAUGAAGAUUCUGAUGUCUCAAGACGGGGCCGACAAGCUCAAGAUCACGGUAGACGAUCGGCAGCUGGACAUGGAACAACUGUUCUUCGUCCUCUAUGCCGUGGGACUGUGCGACAAUCCGAACCGUGAUACCUGGAUACGGAAACUCAAGUUCGGGGACAUUCCCGGUCGGCUCCGAGUCAAUAUUCCGCUCAUGAACUUCGCGAAGUUUUCAGCUGCCUUCGGUUGUGCGGCGAGCAUGCCCAUGAACCCAACGCGGUAG